AGUUAGUCACGUAGUGUCCGUGAAUGAGCCAUCGUUCGUCUUUUUGGCGCCAAGCCGACGAAGACACGUUCAUCAGACAACUCUCUUCUCUUGAUGUCAAACAGCAUUUUAUUUUCUGUGCUGCUGUGCUGUUGAACCAAAAGACAUCUCACCAUGACGUCCUCGACGCCACCCUCCAUUGACUUGCUGACAUGUUCCGCUUCUGAUUUGUCGAAUUGGCUUUUGGAGCAUCGCUUUGAGAACGACGGAAUGGCCACAACGACGUUUCUCUUGCAAGGCACUAGCACACUUCCCAAUGCAGACGAAAUUGCUCAGCAAAUCCAAGAAUCUGCCGCUGGGCAACAAGACGAUGACGAUGAUGAUGAUGAAAAGCCCAAAAAGGAAGCCGUGGCGUUGGUCAGUAGUACUAGUGAAGAAUCGACCACCAAACCAAACAAUAGCAGUAUUGGGGAAGCACUCCAUGACUCGAAUAGUCCUCUGGAAGUGUCCUUGACUAAUCCACGCGGAAGAUUUCACUGGACAUUUCAUGCCCAAGGCAUCCAUGCCGCCACCAUCAAGAAUCCACAAUCCUUGAUCGUUCCUGCCGGAAGUGUUCGCAAUGUCAUUGUCUUUCCAAAACCAACCGAUUGUACUCAAAUUUCAACAUCUUCCUCCAAAAAAGCGGCCAGCAAUGCCAAGAGUCCCAUGGUACUCUUGUGUUUUCAUGACGCCUCACCAGUCACCUUCAAAAACAAACCAAUCUCGCAAAUCUGCUUUCCCAUACCCACAACAACAACCACCACUGUACUACAAGAAAUACUCCAACAAGCCCUUCCAAAAGAUGACGACAAUGACAACAACAACACCACGGAAGCCUGGAUCAAACUGAUUUGUCAUUCGCUACAACUGGACGCUUCCAAGGCUGUCUAUCGCAUCCAAAACCCAGCAGCGGUGUCAACAACAACAGCAGCCUCCACAGCAACCCACAACAAACCAGUAUGGACCUUCAAAUCCCAUCAAGAUAGAAAUCUAUCCUCCACCGCCAGUGGCAUGCCCUUUGUCAAGUGCUACCACGGAGUGCAAGAUGGAGUCCUCUUUCCCAUGAAGCAAGGGCUGCUCUUUUUCAAACCCCCACUGUUCGUUCCUCGAUCCAAAUUGCAUUCGAUUGCCUGCGGGCGAGGCACUGGGGCAUCUUCGCGAUAUGUCGAUAUGAAAAUUGUGACAGCCGAGGACAACAAUAAUGGCAAUGAUGAUGAAGAAGAUGACGAAGAACCACGAGAAACCACGCUGGAAUUCACCAACAUUGCUCGCGAAGAAUUGACAGUCUUGAACGACUACAUACACAAAGUGUUAAUUCCAGCCAUGAAGCAAGACUCUGAACAGCAACAACAACCAGCGUCCACCGACGAGGAAUCUGCUGAAGAUGCCGUGGCAGUGGUCGAUGCCGACGACAGUGAUAACGAAGGGACUCGUCGUGGUCGUAGCAAACGCAAGGCUGCGCGGGAAGCACGACAACAAACCAAACAACAUUUCCUCCAAAAGAAGAAAGGAAACGACCAGGAUGACAAUGACGACGAGGAGGAUGAUGAAGAUGAGGAUUCCGACGAAGAUUUGCCCUAUUUUUCGGGCGGGGAAGAAGAAGAAGAGGAUGAAGAUGUCAUGGAAAUUGCAGAUGCAGAGGACGACGAGGAAGAGGACGACGAAGAAGAGGAGGAAACUACAAGCAACAAAAACAACAAACCAGGGGCCAACGGGGAAUCUGGGGAUGCCGAUGAAGAAGCUGAUGAUGACGACGACGAUGAUGUAGUCGAGGUGGUAGCUGAAGUGGACGCCACCGAGAGUGAUGAUGGCGACGAAACGGAGGAAGACCAGGAAGACGAGAAUCCACCUAGCAAGAAACGCCGCUCGAAAUAGUGUGACACUAUACAACUAAUGACGACAACAUACCGUAGCUACGAAACUGCCCUCUUUUCUUCCGUAGCUGUGAUCUUCAUUUUAUUGAUAAAAUAUACGGUAGCCAAUAAAAUAACAAGUCAGGGAAUGAUUGAAUCAAUCAAUCUCUCAUGAGGAUGUCAA